UGUAACUUGACGUCGGCCGAUCGACGAUGCUCGCGCUCUCGCAGCUCUGAAGGAUGCAGCGGGGUGGAUGGAGGAGGAGGAGGAGGUGAAAGACUGGAAGGCGGAGAACAGAAUGAACGGGCCGGGGAAGCUGAAGGAUGCGGAUUACGGAGGCCCGGCGGUCAGCCUGCUUACCGACGAAGGUUUCGGCCGUUUGACACGAGGAUGUGCGGAGAAAACGACACAGGUCUGCGGGUUGUCGAUACACUGAGCACGGAGGGAGAGCCCGUCGAUGGUUGCCUGAUUUAAUUGUGAGGGUGAAUUGAUUUCCAGCCUAGGCUAUUUUUGCACUACAUGUCUGUGCAGGUGUAACAUUGGGUUCCUCCAUUUAACGUCAAGAAACCCGGAGAACAACACAGUGUGACCCCGUCCCUCUUCCUAUCUGUGGCUCAUCUGCCAUCAUGGUUUUAGCCGUCAUUUUAGCAUCAUCGCCACCUGAUCUCCUGUCCCGUGUCGCUGCAGACAGGAUGUCAAACUGAACGGAGCGCCGUAAAGUCAACACCAAACACACCGAAAAUACAACUUCACCGAGUUUCAACAUGGAGGCGUCGACGCUACAGCCCCGCUGGUGGACCGGUCUGCUCUUAUGGACGACGCUGUGUCUGCUCGGCAGCGGUCAGUCCGCGCCUGACGCCUCGGGCCUGCCUGUAGCCAUCCGCCCACCUGCCGCCGUGAACCGCGAGCGCGGCAAAACGGGGCAACACGCCGCGCGCAGGCGGAGAGGGGCGGCAGCGGGCGGCGUCAGCUUCGUGGACAUGAUUGAUAACCUGCGUGGGAAGUCUGGUCAGGGAUACUACGUGGAGAUGGCCGUGGGGUCUCCUCCGCAGAAGUUGAACAUCCUGGUGGAUACAGGAAGCAGUAACUUUGCUGUCGGGGCGGCUGCUCAUCCCUUCCUGCGCAGAUACUACCAUCGCUCACUGUCCAGCUCUUACCGUGACCAGGGUAGGAGUGUGUAUGUCCCUUACACCCAGGGUCGCUGGGAGGGGGAGCUGGGCACCGACCUGGUCUCUGUCCCACAUGGCCCUAACGCCACACUGCGCGCCAAUAUCGCUGCAAUCACCCAGUCAGACCGCUUCUUCAUCAAUGGAUCCAACUGGGAGGGAAUCCUGGGACUGGCCUACGCCGAUAUAGCACGGCCCGAUGAGACAUUGGAGCCUUUCUUUGACUCUCUCGUUCGUCAGACUCCUGUCCCCAACCUCUUCUCUCUCCAGUUGUGUGGAGCCGGCUUCACCCAAAACUACUCCCUGGGCAGCGCUACUGUAGGCGGCAGCAUGAUCAUCGGAGGAGUGGACCCAUCACUGUAUGUGGAGGAGCUUUGGUACACUCCCAUCCGCAGGGAGUGGUACUAUGAGGUCAUUAUCGUUCGUAUUGAGGUGAAUGGACAGGACCUCAACAUGGACUGUAAAGAGUACAACUACGAUAAGAGCAUUGUGGACAGCGGCACCACCAACCUUCGACUGCCUAGAAAAGUCUUCCAGGCUGCAGUCAAGGCUAUUGAAGCAGCCUCUUCGACAGAACAGUUUCCCUCUGGGUUCUGGCUGGGGGAGCAGCUGGUAUGUUGGCAGGCCGGCACUACACCCUGGCACAUCUUCCCAGUCAUCUCCCUCUACCUGAUGAGUGAAAAUCACAACCAGUCCUUCAGAAUCUCCAUCCUGCCGCAGCAAUAUCUGCGGCCAGUAGAGGAUGUGGCCUCCGCCCAGGAGGACUGCUAUAAGUUUGCUGUGUCCCAGUCUAGCACUGGUACAGUGAUGGGGGCUGUCAUCAUGGAAGGCUUCUAUGUGGUCUUCGACCGAGAAAAGAAACGCAUCGGCUUUGCUGUUAGCACCUGCCAUGUGCAUGAUGAGUUUCGCACCGCCUCUGUGGAAGGCCCGUUCCAUGGUGUGGACCUGGAGGACUGCGGCUACAACAUCCCUCAGACAGACGAGUCCACUCUCAUGACCAUCGCCUACAUCAUGGCGGGAAUCUGCGCUCUCUUCAUGCUUCCGCUCUGUCUCAUGGUGUGCCAGUGGCGCUUUGCCCGCUGCCUCCACCCACAUGGGGACUUUGCUGAUGAUAUAUCGCUCCUUAAGUGAAAAGGGGGGGGUGGGGAGAAGCGGACAAAAAGAGUCGUAGAGAUCCACACUUGAAACGGAGAUGGAAUGUGGUAAAAGGGAUGUACGUUGUUACGUAAUAUUGCCGCUGUUGAAAGAGAGCUACUCCAGGAAUAUAAUACGUAAAGUAUAGAAAAUGCUGACAUACAGUGAAUACACAGUGAACAGUGGUGCCCUCAAAUUGGAGAGCACUUGAGGAUAACUAGAGCCAUUACUAACCUGAAGGACAAACAAGAGAAAGUUGGUGUCAUCAGCAUCAACUUUGCCUGUUUAAGCUACCUAUGCAGAUCAGCAUGGCUAGAGGAACGGAAGAAAAAAAAAAUCUGCUAUUUCUUAUAAAUAGUGUAUAAAUAGACCACAGGGAUAGAUUGGAUUUGAAAUUUGGAAUCUGUUCAUAUUGGAGAGCUCCACACACAGAUAAUGAAAAAAAAAGACAAAUGUUGCUUAAUGAAGAAACUCAUGAGCUGGACACAAGUUGAGAAUUCACCAUGUAGUCGGACCUAGUUUGCUAUGGUAUGAUUUGAACAUAUGAGUGUGCGGUUACAUGUGUGUGUUUAUAGAUCUACUGUUCGUGGCUUAUGAGUGAAUGAAGCAAGUUUGAUAUGUAUGAGCAUGCCUGUAUGUGUGCACAGCUGUACUUUAAGUGAAGAGUCUAAAGAGAAGAUUUAAUGAAAAUGAUACUACUGAGAAUGAAUAGCGUCUAUGAGGUUACACUAUUUUGCAAAUGCCAGCGAAGAAUUCUGCAAUGCAAAUUAAGUAAGCAUAAAGAAGCUAAUUUGAUGAAAUAACAGAUUGUAUAACAGCAUUUACUGCAUACAGUCAGUUUUGCUUUGUGUUGAACUGAGACCACUGAACACAGUCAAUAUCAGAUGUCACUUUUUCUUCUUAUACUGAUAGCUUAAAUAUAUCUAUUGUACACAAAAUUGGUGCAUUCCAGAUCUUCUAUUUGCGCAGGCACACACACACACACAGAAUACACAUUGCUUAUCCUACUGCUGCACCAUCUGAUGAUUUGCACAUGUAACAAUGCAUUACAUGUUAACAAACCAAGACUUCAUAGGGCUUCUUUCAUAGACACAGAAACAGCCAAACUCACUACAUCUUUCAAUGGGGACCAUAUAUGCUUGGGGAAGGAAACCAGCCCAAACUAUGUUAUACACUGAAGAACACUAUGUAUGUCUACAAGGGACAGUUUAUAUUGUCCCUUAGCAAGCUGUAAAUAGAUAAACUCAGAACUGUAUAUUUAUCUGUCAGGCUCUGGCAGCACUGUUGAACCAAUAAAGU